ACGUGGACGAAGUCGCGGGCAACAGGUAGGUUACGUAACUUCAUAAUUAUUCCAAUAAAACUUCACAGAUAUAGCGUCUAUGCCCCUUUUGUCGUGCUGUACCCUGCACUUUCAACCUAGUUACUGAUAAUAAUUUCUAAUUCCAUCGGCUAUGACCUCCGUGUCACAUUCCACGUUAACCUACUUCGAAAAGUUUUCAACUUUCAAGGAACGAUAAGAGGGUUGAUAUUUAUUACCAUGCAUGUUGAUUGUCGGGCAACUCAGCUAUACUCACACCCAUACCAAAACUAUUAUACCUACUUACAAUGAUUAUUUGCCAUAAAUGCUAGUAAAACUUAUGAAAAUGUCUGGCUUUUUCUUCAAGGAAAGGGAGACAGACUUUGUAACACACUUUUGAAAAUACGUAAAUUAUUUAAAAAGCGACAUUUAAUAAUAAUUUUAUUAAGGUUCUUAAGUAAGUCAUAAACAAAAAAUUAAAGACAAACGAGAAUCUCCACAGUUGCGUAAAACUUAAAAAUUAGCGUGAUCACAUAAACUUGGUAGUAUUUAUCAAGUUAUUUAUCAUUCGGCCACAGUGAGACGCGGUAAGUGCCGACAAUAACUCAUUAAGACCAAAAUGAAAGUUUUGUUAAUACUGUCUGGCCUCAUCUCGAUCAGAGCCGGGGUAAUAAAAGAAGAGCAAAAUGAUUGUCCCGGUGUCAAAAUCAAUGGAGUGUAUUAUGAACCGGAAACACUGCGACGAGAAUUGGACAGACCGUACAUCUUAGCAGUAGACUACAGCACCAACAACCUGUACUUCAGUUACAAUAUCAAAUCAGAUACUGAUGACUUCAGAUCCGCAAGACUCAACAUAAAUACUAAGGAGUUUAACAACAUAGAAGGCGUCGUCAAUGGGUUUGCUCAGACUGUGGACCAGAAAACACACGACAUCUACAUAGGUGGAAGUGACGGCAUAUACAAAUACGACUACGGUAACAACCAAGCAGAAAUAUUCGGAGCACCUGGUGAAAACAUAUGGAAUUUAUAUUUCAAAGACGUGUUGUACUAUUCAACGUUCCCCAACCAAUUCUUAUAUACACUAGAAGAUGGAGAAUCGAAAAGGUUCCCGGAUUUGGAAGACACGAAAGUUGAUCAUUUCGUUAUUGACAAUGAAAACGAUAUGUUCUACACAAAUACUACUGGAUUAUACUCUCAAAAGAAGGGAACGAAAGACGCUGUUCUGUAUGCAAACACUGCUGAAUUAAAGAGUAUGAGGAGUCUAACGACAGAUUUAAAUGGACAAGUCUUCGCUUGUCUCGAAGACGGUAUCUACGCUGUGAAGAAAUCAAGUAAAUCUUUGGAGAAGGUUGUUAGUAUUAACGACGGAUUCGGGCUGGCUUUCGACAACGAUAACAACAUCGUAUAUUCUGAUGCUACCAGUCUUGUAAGAUUCAAAAUUAACAGACAUAAAAAAUGUUAAUCACGUCUCAAAUUAAAUAUUUUUCUAACUGA